AAUCGCCUCAUGGACACACAGAAAGCUCAUUUCACUGCUCCUGUCUUGACCGGACAGGACGCUGCUUGUUUUGUGUGUUGGUGUUGACUCACCUUCACACUUUGGGUUCGCAAACUUUUAGCCUUCCCUCAGCAAAAUCCUCUUGGAUCUUUCCCUCCAUUUGGAUUUCUUCUUUCUUUUCCAGCCGGACUCGCCGUCUGCUCUCCAGAGAACAACUUUAUUUAUUUUUUUUAUCACCCCUUGUCCUCCACUUGUCCUCACUCUCCUCGUGUGAGGCUUUUUGAGGCUAUGCUGUCCUCACCCACUGUCAUCCUCCAGCCUUAUGGACUGCCUGUCUAUCCGCAGACUACCACCUGCUACCCCAGCAUAGUCCAGGGGGGGCCCACGCAGGAGGCGGGCCCGGGUGGCCCCGACCCCACCCUGCCUCAAGUGUUUGCUGCACCCCCCUCCUACCCGGCCCCGGGUCAAGGUCCAGCGACACCCGCGGGCAGGCUGCCGCCUCUGGAUUUUAGCUCGGCACACCCCAGCUCCGAAUACCCCGAGCACGCUCAGCUGAGGGUCUACCAGGGCCCUCAGCUGGAGGGCGCCGAGCCUCUGGCGUCUGGCAACACGGAGGAUGCUUUGGCACCCGUGACCUCGGACUCCCAAGCUCUGAGCGCAUCGGUGGCAUCUAGUGGUGGCGGUGGGAGCGGAAGUGACGACGAGGGGUCCGGUAAAGCCCAGCCCAAACGCCUCCACGUGUCAAACAUCCCUUUCCGCUUCCGGGAUCCAGACCUUCGGCAGAUGUUUGGGCAAUUCGGAAAGAUCCUGGAUGUAGAGAUUAUCUUCAACGAAAGGGGGUCAAAGGGAUUCGGCUUCGUCACCUUCGAGAGCGCAGCUGAGGCCGACCGAGCGCGGGAGAAACUGAACGGGACAAUCGUGGAAGGGAGGAAGAUCGAGGUUAAUAAUGCCACCGCAAGGGUAGUAACCAAAAAGCCACAGACGCCGCUUGUGAAUAGUGACCUUUCAACUUCUGCGUGGAAGCUCAACCCUGUCAUGGGGGCCAUGUACGCACCAGAACUCUAUACAGUGGCCGGUUUCCCGUACCCGGUGGCGGCGCCCGCACUGGCCUACCGGGGCUCUGCGCUGAGGGGUCGAGGCCGGACUGUCUACAACACCAUUCGCUCCGCCGCAACACCUGCUGCUGUGCCCGCCUAUCCCGGGGUGGUGUAUCAGGAUGGUCUCUAUGGAGCAGAAGUCUAUGGAGGAUAUCCUGCUGCCUACAGGGUGGCCCAGACGGCAUCGGCGGCUGCCGCAGCGACAUAUAGCGACGGAUAUGGCCGCGUGUACGCCACAGCUGCGGACCCCUAUCACCACUCGGUAGGACCAACUACCACAUAUGGCGUUGGCACCGUGGCCAGUUUGUACCGAGGAGGAUACAACCGCUUCACUCCUUACUGAUACAGCCCACUGUGACGGGGACGCUGCACACAGGAAGUGACCGGAUGGACUGAAGUUGUAAAUAUUGUGUACCGUGCUGUUCUCCACGCUCAGCACCUGCUUUGCGUUAUUUAUGUAGUUCACAAGUGAACUUUAAAGGAGGACGUCUGAUGCUUAACACCACCGUGGGUGAUAUCGGGAUCUUUUGUCAGAGGUCAAAUUGUACAACAUUUUCAUACGUUGUUUGGAUGUUGUGCCAAAUCUUUAUUUAAGUGUGUGUGUGUGU